CUUAUGCUUAAACGUACAAGUUUGCGAUCAAUUACCAACAAAAUGAAUAAUUUGAAACGUACUGUUGUUAUGGCUGGAUUAGACAACCACGACGAUGAACAUUACGACACCGACGAUUCGAAAGACGACGUUUCAAGCCACGAUUCGCGUUCAAGCACACCUAUGCAAAAACCUGGUAAAAAAACAAGAGGUCGCGUUAAAAUUAAUAUGGAAUUUAUUGAAAAUAAGCUGCGAAGAUAUACAACUUUCAGUAAAAGAAAAUCAGGAAUAAUGAAAAAGGCGCAUGAGUUAGCUACAUUAACGGGCACGCAAGUGAUGUUACUCGUGGCAAGCGAAACAGGACAUGUUUACACGUUCGCCACACGAAAGUUACAACCCAUAUUAUCAAGUGAAGCAGGCAAACAACUAAUCCAAACUUGUCUCAACUCGCCCGACACGAACGAAACGAACGUCCAAAGUUCGCAACAGGAUGAUCAACGCAUGAGCGCACAGGGGUUCGAGGAGCCCGAGCUAUCGUACGCACCCCCCGAUGAUACAAAGGAUGGAUUAUUGCAGAAGACCUAUCAUAUAUUGAAUGCAAUCUCGGCCCAACAGCAUGAUGAACCGACAUCAAGGCAACACCAGAACAACAUACCUUCCAACACCCCUGUUAAUUUGGUCACGAUGAACAACGAACAUAAAACGCCGACGUCAUUCACCCUCCUCCCCCCAUCAUCAAGUUACGAGCACCAAGCGGUCCAACUUUCUUCCACCCCCCCUAGUGUUCGUAUGCAGAUGUUACCCGUGUCACAUGACGUCGUUUCCACAACAACCACCAUGCCCAACCAACCGCAACAUAUACUCACUCGUACAUCGGACGACGGACGUCUGGCUUUCCUUAACUCGUACAACAAUCUACAACGUCCUUUACCUGGUGUCCAACCGAUAUUACUAGCCAGCUCUGGUUCGCUUCAGUUACCUGCAGGUCAGGUUGUGUUCGAUCAAGCAAACAAUCGAAAGUCAGCUCGUUAGUUUCUUGUUCGUUGUUUUUGUAAAUUAUCCGCUGGCGGAUCAUGUAUUUAUAUCGAAAUAAAAUGGGACAUUAUAUUUA